CACACAGCGCCACGUAACGUAAUCUCCUUUCGUGUCAACUCUAAACCCUUCCUCCAUUAAAAAGGGCGCCAUUUGUUUCCUCUUUCAUUCAAAACUUUAAAACCCUUCCCCAUUUCUGUGCCCUAAUCCCUAACAGAUCCUCAAUUUUGUCCUAACCCUCUCUCUCUCCCAAUCUAUACAUACAUCUAUAUAUACAAUAUACCCUAUCCUUCUAAAACCCUACUCUCUCUUUCUCUUUCUACAAUGAUCUCUUCCACAUAUUCUACGGACUCCCAAACCCAAUCCUCCGACCUCGCGUCCAAGAUCCUCGCCGCCUCAUCUCCGCCGCAGAUCGCAGCCGCGUGCGCCGAGGUCGAGUCAUUCCUCCACAAGCACACCCCAGACCAGACGCGAUGGUUCUUCUCCAUCACUUUCCCAACCCUAAUUUGCAAAAUCUUCGGCUUCGACGAGUCGCCAGCUCAGGCAACGCAGUCGCCCAAAGGGUGGAUCGAUAUCGUCUCGGUAUCUUCCGAUUCGAAGCUCUCAGGUAUGGUUCUCAACCUCCUCUCUCCGAAUAACGUGUUGAUGUCUUCGAUUCUGGCCGUUGAUCGGCUUGCGCUGGUUAAGUACGUGUUUCCAUCUGAGAGAUUGCCGGAAUGGGUUAGGUUUAUGCUUCAGAAUGAGGGAGGUUGUCGUGUUUUGGCUGAUAUGUGUCCGUUGUUUAAAGGCAGGGUUAAGGAUGAUUCGGCUAAUGGUUCUUCGUUUCAGGUUCAAUUGAAUGUGUUUGAGUAUUACAUGUUCUGGUUUGCUUAUUACCCUGUUUGUAGGGGGAAUAGUGAGAAUUGUGAUGUGGUGAAGGUUCGGAGAAGUAGGAAAUUUAGGUUGGAGAAUUGGGCUUCUUCAAUUCCGGGGCUUUUGAGCAGUAGGCGUGGAUCAGAGCAGAAAAAUGAGUGUAGUUUGUAUAUACGGCUUCUUUAUGCUUAUCUCCAUGCAUUUGUGCCAAUAUAUGAUUCAAAUGCGCGCCACUCUAAUCAUAGUUUACUUCUCCAUUAUUCAUCUAGCUAUGACAAUAUAAUUCUUGAACAAGCUGAGUUCUUUGUUUUUACUCUGAUACACUUCUGGCUGGUUGAUAAUGAUUUUUCACCUCUACCUGUCAACGUAUGCAAAUCAUUUGGGGUAGCUUUUCCUUUUCGUUCAGUUCUGGGUGAGACUCCACCGACUUCUGGGUUGGGAGAAGUAGUGAAUGUUUUUGUGAAGUAUCUCAAUUUGAGUUCCAUUGCAGCUACAGAAGCUUCUGAUCAGGUUGAAUAUACUGGGAGUCCCAGGUGGAGGUUAUUGGGGUCAGCUGAUGCUAUAAAGUCGAGGAAUGCUAUGUCACUAAUACCUGGUGUGCAAUCUGUUGGUAUUUGGAACUCAUGGAUUCAGAGGCCUUUGUACAGGUUCAUAUUGAGGACGUUUUUGUUUUGCCCGGUGGAGACAUCCGUCAAGAACACAUCUCAGGUAUUUUCCCUUUGGAUUAGCUAUAUCGAACCUUGGAAUAUCAGUGUGGAAGAUUUUGCGGAUCUGGAUGCACAGAUAGGCUUGUCUGCACAAGAUACAACAAAGGACAGCACUCAGUCUGCAGCACGUAGAUAUUCGUCUUCCUGGCAGAGCUUUGUAUUGUCCAAUUAUCUGUUCUACAGUUCAUUGGUUAUGCAUUUUAUUGGAUUUGCUCACAAAUUCCUUCAUACAGAUGCAGAAGUGAUAGUCCGGAUGGUAUUGAAGGUUUUGGAUAUAUUAACAUCAUCCGGGGAGUUGCUUGACCUUGCGAAAAGUGUCGACACUGUAUUUCAUUCUAAACCUGCUGGAUCAUCCAAAUCAAUGCUUAAUAGCUUAUAUAGAUUUGUUCCAACAGUUCGCGAACAGUUGCAGGACUGGGAGGAUGGCUUAUGUGAGAGUGAUGCUGAUGGAUCAUUCUUGCACGAGAACUGGAACAAAGAUUUACGACUUUUUAGUGAGAGUGAAGAUGGUGGACAACAGCUGCUUCAGCUCUUUGUUUUGCGUGCGGAGUCCGAAUUACAAGCUAUUUCCGGUGACAAUCUUGCAGACAACCUACAAUGUAUAGAUUCUCUGAAAGCUCGCCUGAGCUGCUUAUAUGGUGGCCCAAUUGUCCAGCCAAUGCCAGUGAUGCCAGAAGCAAGACAGUGUCAGCAGUCAAGAGAUGAAUUAUUUAAGCCCAGACGGGAUGGCAAUUAUAAGUCGGCUGAUGUAAAAUACAAGGGUGACUGGAUGAAGCGGCCAAUUGCCAACGAUGAGAUUGCAUGGCUUGUAAAGUUGCUCGUCAAUUUGUCAGGCUGGCUUAAUGAGACUCUUGGUCUGAACCAUGGCGAGAGCAAUCAUGUUGGUUCCACUUGGUCCUAUGUGGAGAUUCCCAGUGAUCCGAGCAACGUGUGUGGACCUACAGAGACCAUGAAGGUGGUGGUGUGUUGCAUUUUUACUUGGCUUGUCACAUCAUGUGGAGCAGCAGUGCGGUUUAUGAGAAAGCAUGGUAUGAGGGUGAAUCUUAGGAUGUUAGCAUCAAAGAAGGUUGUGACAGUGCUGCUUGCAGUUGCUGCAUUCAGUAUGGUAAAGAAGGCCUUUGCAGAUCAUUGUAAAUAAGAGCAAAAAAGAAAAAAGAAAAAAAGGAACUGAAAUGAGAAAGAGAGUUCCUUCUUACAGGUUUUUCUUCGUUGAGUAUUUUUGUUGUAGAUAAGCGUGAUUUUGUGGCCGAAGAUUUCACAGGUUAAAUGUAAUUCAUUUACAUAGUUCCCGGGCGUCAUCAAAAUGUUAUGUUAAUAUUCCUUA